AAGCGCAUUUGACGAUUGUUUGUCUUUCCACACAGAACGCAAUCGAAUCUGGUUGCCGGCCUACAUCAACGCUUUAGAAACUUUGAACCCUAAAUAAACACAGACAGUUCUAGAAAUUACCUAUAAGUGUGUGAAAAACAGGAACCAACUAAAUAAAAAUGAAGCUGCUGCUUGGAGUACUGGUGACCGUGCUGGCCCUUAGCGGAGUCUUUACAUUACCGGCUCGCAACGACCCGCAGGACGAUGCGGAGGUGAUUAAAGUGCCAUCGCGCCCUCAGCCCGAGUCGGAUUUCCAUAACUUCCGCGGCGUCAUCGAUACGGGUUCCGGAUAUCCCUUCCUCCAGCCGAAUCCUUCGAGCUUCAAUCUGGGCUUCUUCGACUCCUUCGAUGAUCUGUUCCGUCGUCUGCGCACCCGUCUUUGGCCCGUGGUUGGCAGCGAGUCCGGUGAGGAUGGAGCUACCCUGAAAGGCGACUCUGAUGAUUCCAGCGAUGACAGCGGUUCUGGCUUUUCGUUUGGACUGCGACCCCUGAUUCCACUGGAUCCCAAGAAUGCCAAUACCACUUCAACUGUUAAGAUCGUCGAUGGUCACAAGGUCGAGAUCAACGAGACGGUUUACGGGGACAGCAACAGCGUUUUCAAGGUUCGUUUGGUGAACGUGCGUCCUCUGGAAAGUGGCGAGGAGGUGGCCCAGGGGGUGCACACCAGUGGGGGCGACUUCAAGCCGGCGGUGUCUCCCAGCACCUCUGCCCCUUCCACCAAGGUCGGGGAGUUCGACGACGAGGAGGACGAGGACGAUCGCCGCGAGCCCCUGGAGAAGCAGCCGCAGGACAACGAGGUGCGCGACAUUGAUGAGCCCAAGUCCACUACACCAACAACCACAAGUUAUACAACAAGACUUGACACCAGCUCACCCGCAGACUCAGAAUUCGAAGCUUCUGGUAUCAGCGAGGAUAUAGCGGAGACUCUCUCGGAAGAACAAAAAAAGACGAUGGAUCAGCUGAAAGAAAUGAUGGCAUCCGUGCAACAAGAGAUUAAACAUGAAGAAGAUUUGGAGCAGGAUCACGAGGACAAAGAGUAUUUGGAGAAGAAGGAGAAGAGGGAGCGUGAAGAAUUGGAAUCCUCUGAUGACGAAGAUGGCGAAGCUACAACCCCUGUCGUAAUGAGCGAAACUUUCAACGAUGAGUGGGCUGAAUUUGACCAGGAUCAGGAUCAGGAUGAGGGUCAAGAUCACGAAUUCGACAACGAUCUGAAUAACGAAAUCGAUAUCGAGGAGAACUUUGUGCCUGUUGACCUUUCCAACGAUAUAGCUGUCAACGACAUUGCUGCAGCAGAUCCUAAUUUUCCGCAUAAUCCCGACGCUGAAUUUAUUGUGGACCCAUCUGUAAUAAGAACUAUGCCCAUGUUUGAAAAGCUUUCCCUGGGAGAGCCUUCGAAAUGAGGACUAUGUUUUUCCCUCUAGUCUUGGCAUUGUCUUUAAUCUUAAGUCCUUAGUAUGUAAGAAUUCAUCGAGGACAUCUCUGAGAGAUCCAAAGAAAUCGGCAUUCUCUUUAACCCUAAUUUAUCGUAUUUAUUUCGACAGAAAAGAGUAUUAAGUGCAUCGAAAAUUAUUUAUUGCUAAAAUACAUCAAAUGAAAAAUUUAA